GGUCUGGCAACCCUUCCAAAUUUUUUGUUAAAAAUAAAACAUGCGUUGCUACUACGAGGAGCUCGAGCUCCAAAGGGACGCCAACGAUGGGGACAUCAAGAGCGCGUACCGGAAGAUGGCCCUGCGCUGGCACCCGGACAAGAACCCCGACCGACUGGCGGAGGCCAAGGACCGCUUCCAGCUGAUCCAGCAGGCCUACGAAGUCCUGUCCGAUCCGCAGGAGCGCUCCUGGUACGACAACCACCGGGAGCAGAUCCUGCGCGGCAAGAACUCCGAGUACGCGGAGAACUGCCUGGAUGUGUUCCCGUUCUUCACCAGCUCCUGCUACAAAGGAUACGGCGACGACGAGCAGGGCUUCUACCGCGUGUACACCGAUGUCUUCGUCCAGAUCGCCUCGGAGGAUUUGGAGUUUAUGGACGAGGACGACCGGCUGGGCAUGGCGCCUGACUUCGGGCACGCCAACAGCAGCUACGAGGAGGUGGUGGGUCCGUUCUACGCCUUCUGGCAGGCGUACAGCACAAGGAAAACCUACGAAUGGCUGUGUCCGUACGACGUGCGCGAGAUCAAGGAGCGCUUCAUCCUGCGCAAGGUGGAGAAGGAGAUGAAGAAGAUCGUCCAGGCAGCCCGCAAGGAGCGCAACGAAGAGGUCCGCAACCUGGUGAGCUUCGUGAGGAAGCGCGAUCGCAGAGUCCAGGCCUACAGGCGAGUGCUCGAGGAGCGCGCCGAGGCCAAUCGACUGAAGCAGGAGGAGAAGCGCAGGGAGCAGCUGCGAAAGCGGCAGGAGGAACUGGCGGCCGUCAGGGAGAACAAAGUCUUCAACGAGGGAUACGAGGAGCAGCUGAAGCAGUUGGAGCAGCAGUACGGCAGUGAGUCGGACGAGUAUACGGAUGAAGAGGAGGACGAUGAGGAGGGCGAGGACUCGGACGAUCCGGCAGCCGAGAAAUUCGAGGUCGAGUAUGUGGACGAUCUGUAUUGCGUGGCGUGCAACAAGACAUUCAAGAACGCCAAGGCGCGUGCGAAUCACGAGGAGAGCAAAAAGCACAAGGAAAAUGUCGACCGACUGUGCCAGGAAAUGGAGGAGGAGGAGGAGGCUUUCAACGAUGCGUCCCACGAAGACACUUUGAGUGGAGUGGAGGAGGGGCUGGAGGAACUCCAAAUCGCUGACGAUCAGUUAUCCGGAGAAGAGGCGCUGAGCGAAGAGGAAUCUGCCCUCACCAAGCGCAACAAAAAGAACAAAAAGUCGAGGAAGUCAGCUGCCAAGCAAGCGCAAGAGGAAGCCAGCGAUGAACCAGACGAGCCCAUUGACCUCAAGGCCAGCAAGAGCGAAUCGGAGGACGACGACUGGAGCAAAGGCAAAAAGGCGGCCAAAAAGAGCAAGAGCAAAAAGGGGGCGGCAAGCAAGGUGAGGUCCGCAGAGCAAACAGCUCCAGAACCAAUCACCAAGGAGGCCAAGGCGGCUCCAAAAAGCGGAGAUGAUGAUCCUGACCCGACCGUACCGCAACACACUUGCGUCACCUGCAGGCUCGUCUUUGACUCCAAGAACAAGCUGUUUGCGCACCUCAAGAAGAACAACCAUGGCGUCUACAUACCCAAGGCCAAGCCAGUGGUCGAGGGCAAACCUCCUGGCAAAGCCAAGGGCAAGCGCAACAAGUAGAUCCAAAGCAAGAUCCAGCCAAACCUUGUAUCCAUACUGUAGAAAUGUUAGACCUUUAUUUAUGCUAAUGUUAAAGUUAAUUCGAGAAUGAAGUUAAGUAUGCUCGCUCUAA